GUUGUGAACCUUAUCUUUGACUACCACUUUUCGCUCCCUCAGAUACACGGAUUGACGUACAGAGGAGGUAAUAUUGUUGAACCGUGGAUAACGCAUCCCGAAGACUGCUGAUCCUUUGCGGAGUUUAUUCUAUUUGGCAGCCUGGGAAUAUCGACCCUUUAACUGGAUUUUAUGUGCAAUAUGACUUUUGAAGAGUUUAGUGGAGAUCACUCUGCAGAAAGGAUGGAUUCGGUGGCCAAUGCUCUGGAGGAGGUCCUCAGCUCCGCGGCGCCGCAGGGGUGCGUCACGGUGGGGGUGUACGAAGCAGCCAAGUGGCUCAAUGUGAACCCGGACAACGUGGUGCUGUGCGUCCUGGCCACGGAUGAGGACGACGUGGGGGACGUGGCUCUGCAGAUCCACUUCACGCUCAUCCAGGCAUUCUGCUGCGAGAACGACAUCAACAUCCUGCGGGUGAACAACAUGCGGCGCCUGGCGGACAUACUGGGAGACUUCGGCCCUGGGGGCGAGCCGGCCGACCUGCACUGCGUCUUAGUCACUAAUCCUCACCCUGCAACUUGGAAGGAUCCGGCUUUAAGCAAGGUGAACCGGUUCUGCAGGGAGAGCCGCGGUUUGGAUCAGUGGGUGCCCAUCAUCAAUCUCCCCGAGCGAUGAUGGCGGAGCUAGACCAAGGACUCCAGCACUGGAAGUGAUGCACUGGAUUUGUGUGACACAACAGCAGCCCACUCAGGAGAGGACUCCCACAAA